UUCCUCUCCAAAUUCUCAUUUCGCGUCAAGGUUCUUUCUUGUAAUUAUUGACGGGAAUGAUUUCUGUACCACCACCCUGUAAUAGACAUGAGCCAUGCUAAAUCUAUUACGGCAUUCGUUUGUCGAGUAGGUCGGUUACGAACUCAGCACUUGCGAACAUGGGACUGUGGGCAAGUUCGUCAAAAGUCUACUAUAAUCAAUGGACUUUUAAAGAAAAACAAUAGUGUCCCUCUAAAGCCAAUCGAACCAACGAAGACACUUCCUCCAGUUCUUCGUGGAGUCCGAUUGCAGCAAGAGAGGUUUCCAGACUGCGUUUUGCUUACUAAAGUCGGUGGGUUUUAUGAGUUGUAUUUUCAACAAGCCGAGGAAGUUGCACCGCUGUUGAAUUUGCGGGUUUCUCAACGGAGAACGUCACUUAUGCCUGUAUCCAUGGCAGGAUUUCCUGCCGCGAAACUUGAUCGGUAUUUGAAAAUACUUGUUCAAGACAUGAAUCUUUGUGUCGCUCUUAGUGAAGAGAUUCCCAAGGCCCCAGAUGAUUUUUCUACAUCGAACUUGUACAAUCGGGUUGUAACUCGAGUAAUCUCUCCGGGAACAUUAAUUGACGAGAGUUUUAUUAGCCCUGGAGAAAGCAAUUUCAUUUUGUCUAUCGCUACAGAUGAAUCGUUAGGGGAUAUUCAGCCCGAAACUCUAGUCGGUCUAACAUGGUUGGACUUAUCAACGGGUGAGUUUUACGUGAAAGACUCCAGCGUGCAAGAGCUAGCCGGGGACAUUGAACGAAUUUCCCCGAGAGAGGUUUUGUUGGACACUCGUUUUAAAGAUGAGAAGGCUCGGGAUCUAUUGUUCUCGGAUGUAAAUACCAAAGGUCUCUAUUUCUCUUAUACUGACCCUGAAGUCUGGGAAAUAAACCAAUGGAGGAAGUUUCUUGACCGUCCGCUUAGUAUUGAUUUUUUAGAAGAUUUAAAACCCGUGGAACUUCAAUCGGGCUCCCAUUUACUCCAGUAUGUUUCCAAUCGGCUGAUGAACUCUAAAACUACAAUACAACAUCCGAUUCGAUAUUCUCCGCGGGAGAACAUGGUCAUAGGAGCUUGUGCUUUGCGAAGUUUGGAAAUUCGCCAUUCGUUUCAGGAGGGCCGUAUUCAAGGAACAUUGCUUCAUGCUAUCAAUCGAACUGUCACGCAUUCUGGUGCACGUUUGCUUGUUCAAAGACUAUGUUCUCCUUCGACAAACGUUCGUGUAAUCAACGAACGCUUGGAUUUAGUUGAGGCUUUUGUACAGAAUCCCUCUGCACGUAUUCAAAUUACAGAAUUGCUAAAGAAAACCAGUGAUUCUGAAAGACUGCUGCAACGAUCUGUAUUGGGAAGAGGAAGUGCGCAAGACUUCCUAGGUUUAGCUUCAACUUUCCACUUGACAAUGGAAAUAAAGACAUUGUUACGUUCCAUGAAUACCAACCCGUCUCUUGUUCGUUUGACUGAGGCCUUGAAUACUCACGAGGACCUUUGCCAAAGGAUUAGCAACACCAUAGACGAAGAGGCCCUGUACAAACGCCAGGAACAGGAUUUAGAAGCAAAGGGCGAGGUUGUUGAAGAUCUUGAAUUGGAUUCAAGCAUUGCAGCUCCGGUACCAAAAACAAAAAGCAGAAAAUCAAAAUCUUCUUUAGAGUCUGUAAAAAAUGCUUUUCUGAACAAUCUUUCCGAUAUCUGGAUAGUCAAGCCCUCUACAUCUCCAGCACUAUUGAAGGAACAUGAACAAUUAAAAACUCUUUAUAAAGCAGUUGAAAAGCUACAAUCAAAAAUAACUUCGACCGUCGGUGAUAAUGUUACUUUACGCAGAAGCCCAUCAAAGAUGUACUUUGUUUACAUCAAGUCACAGAACAAGGCUUUAAAAUCAAAAUUUGUAAAGACCUUUCAGGACGCAACUGUUUUCAACACAACUCUGUCUACGGCUAAUUAUCAUCUCCCAUCAUGGUCAUGUUUAGGCCUUGAAAUUGAGGCAACGAAAACACGAAUCUCACAGCUUGAAGCUCAAACACUCAUGGACUUGCAAACUGAUGUACUAAAACAGAUGUCGUCUAUUCGCGAAAGUGCUAAACUACUAAAUGAAUUGGACAUUUCCACUUCACUGGCUUCUUUGGCCUUAGAAGGAAAAUGGGUUCGUCCAAUUGUGAAUAAUUCUUGUGUACACAAAGUUAUUCAAGGGCGACAUCCAAUUGUUGAGAAAGCUCUUCAACAAAAAAUGGUAUCAUUCACAGCAAAUGAUUGUUAUGUGGGUAAGCCCUCCAGAAUUUGGCUUAUAACUGGUCCAAAUAUGGCGGGAAAGAGUACGUUCCUUAGACAAAACGCUCUUAUAGCUAUUCUAGCACAAAUGGGAAGCUUUGUUCCUGCGUCCUUUGCUGAAAUUGGUGUGAUUGAUCAAAUAUUUAGUCGAGUUGGUUCGGCCGAUAACUUGUCUCAGCACAAGUCAACAUUUAUGGAAGAGAUGAUGGAGUCUGCAUUUAUCUUAAAGAAUGCAACACCUCGAUCAUUCGUAAUUAUGGAUGAAGUUGGACGGGGUACUACGACGAAGGAAGGUAUCGCCAUUGGUUAUGGAUGUUUAGAACAUUUGCGCACCAUCAAUAAGUCAAGAGUGUUGUUCGCUACUCAUUCGCACGAACUGGCUACCUUGGUAAAGGACGAAAAAGAAAUCGAGUGUUAUUGUACAGACUUGAUUGUAAACGAGGACGACACAUUUGUGUUUGAUCACCGAGUGCGCAAAGGCGUAAAUAGAAAUUCACAUGGCCUUCGAGUGGCCGCCCUCGCUGGCGUUCCUCUAGAGGCUAUUAAAACGGCAAAAUCAAUCUUAAAACGGGAAGGGUAAAAAGCAUCAUCUAAUUAUUUUUUGUUUCAUAUAUAUACAUUCCAAACAGCGAAAUAUUCAUUGAAGCUGUUUUCAUACACUUAGACGAAGCAUCACUCAAGGGUCUUUACGGAAGCAAUACAUGGAGGAAAAGAAUGUAAACAGAAUUCGUGACUUGCGUGCGAAAAAGUCACGAAACAUAGUAUUCGUUCUAAAGUAGAGUCAUUUGAUAUAUAGACAAUUAGGUAAACACAAUUCUACCUGAUACGGGUCAAAACAGCCAAAAAGAAGAGGACAUGAACAACGACGACAUGCGAAAAGGAAGGUUUGGAAUAGAAACGGUUGACGAAAGAAAAAGAUGCGAACAAAACGGACUCCAGUCAAUUACUUUUCAGACUUGGGGGGAACAAUCGUAUCCGCCUUGUCGUCGGCAGCACGGCGCUUUGCGUCGGCUGGAUUACUAGUCUCAUGUUCAGCUUCUUCCUCAAUAAGCUCUUCUUGUUCGCGCAAGACCUCGAGACGCUGCUUGUUUGAAACAUCUUGAGAGGGCAUAUCAACAACUGUUUCGUGGUAUAACUCAUCGGGAAGGGAGGCCAGCGUAUCCAUCAACGCAUCCCAGCGAGACUCAAAAGUAUCUUCAGCAAAUCCAUACGAAAAGGCGUUAGAAAGCAUCAAAAUGGCAGAAGGAAUUCCGUGGACAAGACGCAUGUCAAGCCAGACACUCAGUUCUUCGCGCAAUGAAGCCGUAGACUGUCCGUGAGUGCGGAUGCCUCGAGAGUUACAGGCAUUUAACAGUUCGGGAACGGAAAGCGAAGUGAUUCCCUCGAUGUAAAUGGCACGAUCGUCCUUGCAAAUUUGACGCAUUCUUGAGCGAAGGUUGUAACGAAGCAUCGGCUCGGUGCCAAAGGCUCCUAAGUUCAUAUAGCGGCACAUGGCGACAAGUUGCGCCCGCGACAAAUUAUCAAGAGUAAUGUCGUCGUGGAAAAACUUACAGACGUUGAUGAGUUCUUCACGAGUAGGCUUUUCCUUGCUGUAACGCACCUUGUGAAAGAAGUCCUUGAACUCCUUUGACUCACGAGUUUCAUCAGAAAUGCUAAACUUUCCAGCCUUCAUGGUUUUACGAAGAAAGUUCGACACUUCUGAACGAGUCUUCCGAAGCCGCUCCUUCUUAGCCUGUUUAUCCUUAGGAUCUUCGUAAGUACUAGGAAGCAAGUUCGGGAAGAACUUAAUAGCUACGGGAAGCAAUAAUUCUGCGAAUGGAAUGAUGACGAACAUGGAGAAGGGAAGCAAUCUACCCAUGUCCUUCACUGUUCUCGUCAAUUGACGGCUUUCUCGACGAGUCAACUCGUAACCAACUGCCAUUUUGUAAACAAGCUUUGAUGAAAUCGUGAUUUCAGCACCAAGAAGCUUUGUGCCGUCCCAGAAAUGGAUAACACCACCCUUGAAACGCUGCCAAAGGGAUUUCUUCGACGGUUUUGCUGGUGUAUUCUCAACAUGCUUUCCCACAGCCUCUUUCGACUCUGGUGGACUUUUGACUUGUGUCUCUGGGCUCUUAGUUUCUGUAGCAUAACGACGUGUAGACCAUUUAGAGCCCUGGAAGUAUGGUUUCAUUGAGCUCAAUGCAAUAUUCUGAGUCCAUUGCAACUGCUUAGAGCUCCAAUUUGUUUGAACUGAACCAAUUGUUCGUGAAAACACAGCUGGUGUAAACACGGUUUUCCCCAAUUGGAGGUCUAGAGACGAUAUUAGCGGCCAAUUUCUACAGCAUAUAGACGUACUGCCCCGUAGGUAUAGCGAUAAAACUUGC